AUGCAAACUCCCUCCCCGACCCCCCAACCCCACUGGCUCCGCCACUACGCCAGCCCAAACUACACCUGGACCGCCACCUCCAUAGACGCCACCAACCCAGACAGCAGAACCAGAUUCUCCCGUCCCCUCGGCCUAGUCGAAUCCAUCUUCGACUCCGAUGGCCGGUUCUGGGAAGGUCGGGCAGAUAUCAACUGCCUCCUCACGCUCGAAAUCCGCUCUUCCCUCUCUCCAGUCGAGCUACGGAAACACAUCCUCCUCGCCUGGACGUGUCUGAGGUGCCAGCACCUAUUGCUGCAGGCUAGAGCUGUUGUCUCUGCUGAGGAGCGUUCGGAAGGGAAGUCGAAGAGCCAUGAUGUCCGCUUCAUCGUCGAUCUACCCGCAACCACGACCGAUGCCCGAGUAGAAGCGGAAAAGCACAUCGUCUUCCUCGCAGACCAUUACGAUACCAUCACCUGGCAAGACUUCUGGCUGCACUGCCAAAACGCCGCCCGGGUCCUCGAUCCCAACCUUGCUCUAGCGAAACUCUUCCUCCUAACCCCCGAGAUCAAGAAGGGCAGUGAGACUUUCACCCUCCACUUCCUCGCAAUCGGCGCGCAUCAAAUCUGGGAUGGUCUCGCCACAAGCAUCUGGAUGCGAAACUUCACCCAAUUCCUCAACGAGUCCCACGUCCAACUAACCCAGCGUCUUACCGCCUCCUUGGAACCAAAAGGCGUACGAGCCCGCCUCCCCCCGCCUCAAGAAGCGCUCUACCCCCCCUUCCUACCCACAGCCACCUCGCGAGCGAAACAACGCUGGUUCUGGCUCCUCACCCGUCUCCUCCGGCACGUGCGGAAACCGCUGGCAGCAGGGUUUCCGAACCCACUUUACCGCUCUCAGCGUCAACCUCCGAUUCCACUGAGCCCGGUAUACGAUAGAGUCCUCAACUACACCACCACACCCGCCCUAAACACAACCGUGAUCAAUAUCACCCUCCCCACCCACCAAACCCGAACUCUACACCGUCUUUGCCGCGAAGCGGGCACGAGUGUAGGGGCGGGGUGUUUCGCUCUCGUGGCGAUGAGCAUGAUGGCCCUUUACGAAUCUCUAAACCCUAACAUCCCUCUCGCGGAAAGACGGCCCUUCAUCACGGGCUUCCCUCUCAACCCCCGGGCUUUCUUCGACCAUAAGGUGGAGCCGGAUAGUUGCAUGCUCGCGUUCUCCGACGGGAUCUCCCUCCCUUUCCUCUCGGCUUCCUUGCCGGUUGAAGGUCGGCUGAGGUUGUUGGCGAAGGUCGCGCAGAGGCAGUUGGGGGUUUAUCAGAAACGGAGGACGGCUCGGCAGGAACAAGACCUGUCGUCCAUGACUUCCCGCGGCGCAGGUAGGGUCCUGGCAGUCCAGUAUCUCAACUCCAUUGAGCGGGCGGACGCUAUGGUGCCGGGGCGGCUUCGCAAAUACCCCAAUCCGCAGGGCCAGUAUCCAGCGAGCCAGAAUCUCACAGGGCAGACUUGUGGGGUUAGUUCUGUUGGUCGUCGGGAUCCCUUACUUAGACCUGGUGUGUACGAUGUCCGUCGUCCGGCUUGUGAGGAGGGGAAGGAGAUGGUGGCGGAUUUCCGCUCCAUGAGACAGUGUGUUAGGGCUCGAGAGGGGGAGUUUUUGGUCGGUAUUGGGGGGGAUGAGGAGGCUGUGGGGGUGGGGGUUAGUGUUGAUGCUUCGGUGGUGGAUCUGGGGAGGGUGGAGGAGUGGAGGGGGAUGCUUUUGGGGUUGCUUGAGGGGGUUGGUGGGGAGGGGAGGGAGGGGAGGGAGAGGAGUAGGUUGUGA